AUGUUGCCACAGAGCUCGUUGUUGCUGGUCGCUUCGUUGCUGGCCGCUUUGCCCGCCAACGCCGACGGAAUUUACACCAAAAAGUCGCCGGUCCUCCAGCUUAACCAGAAGACUUACGGGUCACUUAUUGCGAACUCGAACUAUACUUCUAUCGUCGAGUUCUAUGCUCCCUGGUGCGGUCACUGCCAGAACCUCAAGCCUGCCUAUGAAAAAGCCGCUCAGAACCUGAACGGCCUGGCCAAGGUAGCUGCUGUUAACUGCGAUGAUGACGAAAACAAGCCCUUCUGCGGCCAGAUGGGCGUACAAGGAUUUCCUACCAUUAAAAUCGUGACACCGUCCAAGAAACCCGGAAAGCCGCGCGUGGAGGACUACCAGGGUGCUCGCACUGCCAAAGCUAUCAUCGAUGCGGUGGUCGACCGCAUCCCCAACCAUGUGAAGCGCGCGACGGACAAGGACUUGGAUAAAUGGCUGGGACAAAAUGAGGAGCGGCCCAAGGCCAUUCUCUUCACGGAAAAGGGCACUACGACCCCCUUGAUUCGAGCGCUAGCUAUUGACUUCCUGGGCGCCAUUGACGUCGCUCAGGUGCGCAACAAGGAGACCGCGUCGGUGGAGAAAUUUGAUGUCUCCGAAUUUCCGGCACUGGUCGUUGUCUCCGGUGGCGACAGUGAGCCCAAGGUGUACGAGGGCGAGUUAAAGAAACAGCCUAUUACCGAGUUUUUGAAGCAAUUCGCCUCGCCUAACCCCGACGCUACUGGACAGGCUGCGUCCACCGCAGCUAAGCCCAAGAAGUCCAAGCCUUCCAAGCCCGCGAAGGCAGCUCCUAAGGUUCCUGUUGUCCCCGAAGACGAGGAGGAAAAUGCAGAUGCGGAGGCAACGCCAGAGGUCAAGCCCGCCCAGGUUCCUGUUAUUCCUUCUAUCCCUACUCUCGCUACCCCCGAAUCUCUUGAGUCCGCCUGUCUGAGCUCCAAAUCCACUACCUGCGUGCUGGCCCUUCUCCCAGCAACAAGUGAGCCGGAUGCCGCACUUCCAUCAGCAGCCACCGAUGCAUUGACCAGCUUGGCUGAAAUCGCACACAAGCACGCCCAGCGUGGCACGCACCUCUUCCCGAUCUACGGGGUCCCUGGGGCCAACUCUGUCUCUGAGAGUCUGCGUAGUUCGCUCGGCCUGGGAACUAGUGAUGUGCUGGAGAUCAUUGCCGUCAAUGCCCGCCGCGGGUGGUACCGUCGGUACGGUCAGGCAGAAGACUUUGGCCUCGCGGCCGUUGAGGGGUGGGUUGAUGCCAUCCGCCUUGGAGAGGGUGCCAAGGAGAAGCUACCGGAGGGUAUCGUCGCUGAGCCCGAGGCUGAGAAGCCCAAGGAGGAGGAACCCAACAAGGAGGAGGAACCCAACAAGGAGGAGCCCGAGCACGAUGAGCUGUAA